AUGGCUGGUAGUCCACUUUCAGAGUCGAAUGCACCAGCGAAACUCAUGGAUCAAGGUCAUUUAAAACCUGGUGCUCAUGCUUCCUUACUCUCACAUAGUAAAACACUCGAAUUGUACCGUCAGAACGCUCGCAAGUCACAGGAUCCUUCAAUACCAUUUGAACUUGCCACAUUUCAAUUAGAAGCCGCUAGAGAUUUGGAUCCUACACCUUCAAACCACGCAGAUCCAAACAACGACAAGGAUAGAGAGGAACUUAUUAAAGAGGCUACAGGUAUUUUAAAUAGAUUGAGCUCAAGAGGUCACACUGAGUCUCAAUAUCUACUCGCUGAUUGCUACUCUUCUGGUAUUGGUACUUUACGCGGUAGACAGGAUUUUGAUAAAGCAUUCCCUCUUUUUGUUCAAGCUAGUAAGCAUGGUCACCCAGAUGCAUGCUAUAGAGCAGGUGUUUGCUUAGAAAAUGGCUGGGGUUGUAGAAAAGACAACAGCAAGGCGAUUUCAUUUUACAGGAAAGCUGCGACUUCACUCCAUCCAGGGGCGCUUUAUAGGCUCGGUAUAGCAGAACUCAAGGGUGAACUGGGUUUGCCAAAGAGACCAAAAGUUGGCGUAAAACAUCUCACUAGAAGUUGUGAAUUAGCAACCGAAGAAUUCCCACAUGCACUUCACGAGAUGGCGAAACUAUAUGAAAAAAGUGUUGAUAACGUCCUUUUUAUUGACUUAAAUUACAGUGUAGAGUUAUUAGCACAAGCAGCAGAGCUUGGUUAUGCACCAAGCGCUUAUACAUUAGGAGAAUGCUAUGAAUAUGCAAAGUUAAACUGUCCACAAGAUGCAGCGUUAUCCAUUCAUUACUAUAACAUAGCUGCACAACAAGAUCAUAGCGAGAGUUGUUUUGCUCUCACAGCUUGGUAUUUGGUUGGUAGCCCAGGCAUAUUACCACAAUCAGAUACGGAAGCUUAUCUCUGGGCCGUAAAAGCAGCUGAGCAAGGUCUCUCAAAGGCUAUGUAUGCAGUUGGUUACUUCACUGAAGUUGGUAUUGGUACUGAACAAGAUUCAAAAGCUUCAACAAAUUGGUACAAAUCUGCUGCAGAAAAUGGUGAUGAAAGAGCUAUAACCAGACUUAAACAAAAUGGUCUUAACGUUCAAAAAUUGCCUUCAUCUGAUAGCUCAGGUAAGCUAUCAAAACGCUCAAACACGCAAAAAGAUUGCAUUAUUAUGUAA